AUGUUAACUCGGGUUUCUAAAAUCCGAGUUGGCACAUCUAUAGGAUGGAUCAUACGUAGAACACACGGACAUACACCCAAAUCGCGAGAAAUAGUAAUCCCAGACGACAAAGUUGUUCAAUAUUUAGCUGAAUCAGAAGGCGAAGAUUUUAUCCACAGUGAUAGCGACAUGGAAAAUCCUGCUUUUACUAUGAAAUGUGAUGAUCAUGAUGAGUCAGAUUCAUCUGACACAAUAGAAACUAUUCAAGUAACUCGCGGCCGUGCUCGUAACAGAAGUUCAAAAGCGAGAGGCAGAAGAAGACAGCUGUCGCUACAAAAUGUGUCACCUAUAUACAAUAUUACGCCUGCUGAAUGGAUAGACAAAAACUUUGUUGUAACAGAGAAUGCAAUGUCAGAACCCCCUUAUAUUCAAAAUUUCGAUGAUAACUUUGAUAAAUUUUUAUUUUUAGGACAAUACUUGGAUGACAGCUUUCUCGAACAAAUUAUAAAAUAUUCUAAUCAAACAUCAGUCACACUACACGGACAAUCGCUUAAUUUAGACCUUAAUGAGUUAUACGUUUAUAUCGGUAUUACAUUUGUGAUGGCAGCAUUAAAUUACCCUUGGCUCAGAAUGUAUUGGGAAACUAAGUGGAGAGUACCAAUAAUUGCAGAUAACAUGUCACGAAAUCGAUUUACAGCUUUGAGACGUUCUAUAAAAGUUGUCUUUGAUGAGGAUAUUACAGAAGAAACACGUAAAAAAGAUAAAUUAUGGAAAGUAAGACCCUUGAUAGAGCGGAUCCAACAGGGUUGCCGACUUCAAGGAAAAGAAAAGCGAUUGUCGAUAGGUGAAAUGAUUAUUCCAUUUAGGGGAUCUUGUGGGAUUAAACAGUACUGCCCGGGUAAGCUUAACCCUGUAGGAUUAAAAGCAUUUGUAUUAACUAACCCCAAUGGCCUCAUAUUAGAUUUUCAAAUUUAUCAAGGAAAUAUCACAUUUCCUAAAUUAUUAGAGGCUUCUGAAUUCAGUUUAAGCGAAAAAGCAGUGUUGUUUUUGUCUAAUUCACUAGUGCCAGGUCAUGUGUUAUAUUUUAACCAAUAUUUCACUACGGUUAAUCUGGCUAAAGAACUUCUAGUGAGAGGAAUAAUGUGUACUGGCACCAUCGUAAAAAAUAGAAUUCCAGCUAGUGCACGGGCUAUAUUGAUAAAAGACGAAGAACUCAUAAGACGUGGUAGUGGUAGCGUCCAUACUGUUGUCUGCGAAGAUGGCACAACUGCCAUAACAAAAUGGAACGACAAUAAACCUAUUACUUUGCUUUCCAAUAUUGAAGCUAAAGAGCCAAUGGAUGUAUGCCAACUGUGGUGCCAACGUACUAAACGAUAUAUAUCCGUUAAUAGACCGGCAGUUGUACGCAAUUAUACCACAACUAUGAGAGGUAUAAAUCUUGCAGAGCGCAUGUUAUCAGUUUGUCCAAAUAGAUAUCGUACAAAAAAAUGGACUCAACGUCUUUUUUCCCAUAUGCUUGAUUUAGCGGUGUCUAAUUCUUGGCUACAAUACAAAAGGAGAGAAAUAAAGAAAGGAGUAGCACUCAGUAAGAUUCAACAAUUGCGAUCUUUUAAAAUGGAACUAGGUGAGGGCCUUAUUGAAAUGCACACAACUGUAGGAGAAGUAGCCAGUGACUCUGCCGACUUAGAGCCCGAAAUCCCACUAAAACGUAAAAAAGAUUUAAAAUAUGAAUUGAUUCCUUCACAAAGAGGCAACCAGUUGUUAGUAUCAGAAGGUUUUGCUUAUACCCAAGUUAGACCAGACUAUUGGCGAUGUUCUAGCAAAAGCAAAAAUGUUAAAUGUAAUGCAAUGAUUCGCUUUAAAAAUGGAAGAAUAGUAAGAAGUAAUACAAAUCACUGUCACCCGCCACGAAAGAGGAAAGAAAACAGCGAGGCAUUGGAGAUUAAAUAUGAAAUAGGAAUUUCACAAAGAGGACGAAGAUUGCUUCUUAUCGAUGGAUAUGCCUUCUCCCAAAUCAGAAAAUGCUACUGGAUUUGUUCCAAUUUCAUUAAUUUCGAGUUCGUUAAAUCAGAAAAAGGUGGAGAUUUAUUAAUCAGCAAUGGUUUUACUUUCUCUCGAUGCAAUCCCUCAUAUCAUCCACAAUUUAUAAACAUACAAGGCAGCAAACAGUUGCUAAUGGUACAAGGAUUCACGUUUGCUAAAAUAACUGCGAGGCACUGGUAUUGUUCGAAAAAGGCGAAAGGUUGUAAAGCUCGAGUUUUUUUGAACUCUGAUGGAACAGUUGUGGACUUUUGCGAUAACACCCAUAACCAUGAUCCACCAGUCUACAAAAAGUGCUCUACCGGACAAUACGUUAAAUUAAGCGGU